UGACUCUACUUGAUUCUACUUGCUGACGUCACUCCAUUGAGACAGACUUAAGUUCAAAGAAAAUUGAGUGGAUCAUCUACCUCUGGUGUGAAUUUGCAAACACAAGUGAAGUUCCUGCGCCCGGGUUCCCCUCCCACCUCUGCUCAAGGCCAUAUGUCUUGAUUGGGCCUUGGAUCCCGUGACUGAUAGUCUAAGCUCCACGUCUUAUUCACAAAAUUCAUUAUGAUGGAAGACACCGGCGAAGAUCUGUUGAGGGCCAAACCUAGUCCGAUUUCGACAUUUUUUAAGCGUUUGGGACAGUGGUACCAGAAGCUUCUGGACGACUCCACGCCCUUUGUCAGGGCCAGAUGGGCGUGUCUUGUGCUCCUGAUGCUGAGCUUCUUGGCUAGAAUUGUUUUCAAACAGGGUUGGUACAUUGUCACCUAUGCAUUGGCUAUUUAUCACCUGAAUCUACUAUUAGCAUUUCUAACCCCGAAAAUCGAUCCGGCCAUGGCCCAAUUCGAAGAAGAGGAGGCUGAUGAAGGAAUGGAGCUUCCAACUCGGCAGUCGGACGAGUUUCGGCCGUUCAUCCGUCGCUUGCCCGAGUUCAAGUUCUGGUACUCUGCCACCAAGGCCACAGUGAUUGCCUUCGUCUGCACCUUCUUUCAGUUCUUCAACAUCCCUGUGUUUUGGCCCAUCUUGGUCAUGUACUUUAUCACGCUAUUCUGCAUCACUAUGAAGCGACAGAUUAAGCACAUGAUUCGGUAUCGUUAUAUUCCAUUCACGUGGGGGAAGCCCAAGUUUCAGUCCAAAGAUGAAGGGCAAGCGCCUUUGGUGUCGCCUAAAUAAUAUGAGAACCCGAUUAAUAAAAUCACCCUUGACAAUAGAAGCCGAAACUCUCAUUCGAAAAAGUCUGAUUGCUGACGGUAGCAACAAAGUUGAUCGGUCGAAAAUCGUGCGGUUAAAAGUGAUUGUUAAGUCUUGAUCUCGCCAGUGAUAUGAACUUAUAACGCACGGGACGUUCAGAGAUUCUUUGAUGUUGCUAAUGAAAAUAAGGCGAAGAGACCCACGAUUCCGAAUCCAGUUGAAUUCAUAUAUGCACACCACUCAUACAACACAAUCUAUUAUGUAAUUAUUGAUGUCAAUUUAUCAUUGGCCUCAUGAUUGAAUGAGACCAUUUAUCCCAACAGUUUAGGACCAUUUAUAAACAGGACAAUAAAAAUAGGUUUUUACCAACCCAA